AUGAAGGCCCUCAACCGCGGAGUCCUUCUGCCAAUCCUGGCCUUGCCUCAUCUUUCCCAGGCAGGCUUUGGCUCUGGUCGCCUCGUGCCCCAGAUCGAAACCUUUGUUGACAACAUUCAGCAAGAGUUUGCCGCUUGGUUCGACUUCAAGGCAGACAAUGGCCUGCAUUCCAAGCUGCCUGGCAAGAAGCCAACGACACCACCACCGACACAGUACUGGCUGGAUAAGAUCAAGCAUCAAGGUGUCGCGCCCUUUGCGGAUUCCGACUACAAAGUCUUUCGCAAUGUGAUGGAUUACGGUGCCAAAGGUGAUGGCGUUACUGACGAUACUGCUGCCAUCAACCUUGCCAUGACCUCGGGUGGUCGCUGCGGACCAGACAACUGCUCGUCCAGCACCGUCACUCCCGCCAUUGUGUAUUUCCCGCCAGGUACCUACGUCGUGUCAUCUCCAAUCAUUGACUACUACUUUACCAUGAUGAUCGGUGAUGCCGUCAACUUGCCAACUCUCAAGGCCAGCCCGAAUUUCGGCGGCGUUGGCCUGGGCGUUAUCGAUGGUGACAAGAAUCACAUCUGGGGCCCAACCAACAUCUUCUAUCGACAGGUUGCCAACUUCAUCAUCGAUCUUACCGAUGUUCCGCCUGUCAACGAUCAAGGCUCUGGUCCUACUGGAAUCCACUGGCCAACCGCUCAGGCUACGAGCAUUCAAAACGUCCGCAUCGUGAUGAGCGACGCACCAAACACCGCCCAUCAGGGCAUCUUUAUGGAGGAUGGUUCCGGUGGUUUCUUGACCGACAUCACCUUUAUUGGCGGCAAAUUCGGCGCUCAGUUCGGAAGCCAGCAGUUCACCAUGCGCAACCUCACUUUCCACAACGCCCAGACAGCCAUUCGCCAGGGCUUCGACUGGGGCUGGACAUACGCAGGCAUCACCAUCAACAACUGCUCCGUCGGCCUUGACAUGAGCGCUGUCGAUGGAAACGGAGCUCUCAGCGUGGGCGGCAUCACCAUGAUUGAUUCCAGCAUCUCCGACACCGACAUCUUCAUCAAGACGGCCAAGACGGCCACGUCCAAGCCCGUGGGAGCAGGAAACCUGAACCUUGAAAACAUUCAGCUUUCAAACGUUGCCAUCGCCAUUCAAGGCCCUACCGGCAAUACUGUUCUGGCUGGCUCUGCCGGUCACACCACCAUCAAGGGCUAUGUUACUGGCAACACCUAUAACCCCCAUGGCCCGACAUAUGUCGAUGGACCAGCCACUCCGUUCCCUCGCCCAUCCAGUCUCACCGUUGGAAAUGGAGCUUUCUACACGCGCUCAAAGCCGCUGUACGCCAACCUAGACGUCUCCGACUUCCUCAGCGCCCGCGACUUGGGUGCCAAGGGUGACGCCGUUACCGAUGACACAAAGGCACUCAACGCCGCAAUUGCCACCGCUGUGCGCAAAGGCAAAGUCCUCUUCGUCGAUGGUGGAAUCUACAAGGUCACAAGCACAAUCAAGAUCCCUCCCGGCGCUCGCAUCGUCGGUGAAGCAUUCUCCAACAUCAUGGGGUCCGGCCCGUUCUUCUCAAAGGCAUCUGCACCCCAGCCCGUCGUCCAAGUUGGACUGCCUGGCCAGUUCGGACAAAUUGAAUGGUCAAACAUGGUGGUGAGCACGCAAGGCUCUGCCAGCGGUGCCAUUGUGAUUGAGUACAACCUUGCCAGUACACCAUCCAACCCUUCAGGCAUGUGGGAUGUUCACGUCAGAGUCGGUGGUUUCAAGGGCAGCAACCUGCAGCUUGCAAACUGCCCCCAGAACAUUGGGAGCGACGUCAUCAACCCCAACUGCAUUGCAGCCCAUACCAUGAUGCACGUCACACCCGUUGCCCAGGGAUUGUACAUGGAAAACUGCUGGCUCUGGGCCUCUGACCACGACAUUGAGGACCCUAGCCUUCGAAUGAUUGACGUCUACAGCGUUCGCGGAUUAUGGGGUACUGCCGUCGAACACAACGCCCUCUACCAAUACGAAUUCUCCAAGACUCAAAACAUCUUCAUGGGCUUCAUCCAAACCGAAACCGCCUACUACCAGCCUCACCCCAACGCAACCCAGUUUCAGUCUCCCUCCAACCUCAUCACCAGCAUCUUUGGUUCCACCGACCCAGACUUCAACUACUUUUGCCAAGGCCGCUCCGGUGUCUGCAAGGAUGGCUGGGCGGUGCGUGUCCUCAGCUCGCGCGACAUUCUCUGCUACGGCGCGGGCUUGUACUCGUUCUUCAACGAUCACAGCACAACGUGCUCAAACACUGAUCAGGAGAAUUGCCAGACUCAGAUCGUUGGAAUUGAUAGCGGCGCGCCCAAGUCGCUACUUAGUAGCAUUUUCAGCAAGAAGAGCCAGGUGAGGGUGUACAGCUUGAACACUGUUGGUUCAGUGUCCAUGGCUACCGUGCAGAACGUGGACACUGUGUUCCAGAAGGAUAACACGGGACCGUUCCCACAGGGUGUAUCCCUGUUUGAGUCGUUGUAG